AUGCAAAUGCAUGAUUGAUUCAUGAGCAUCCUCAUCCACCAACAAAAACAGAACCCUAAAUUUCUCGAUCAAACCACAACACAACCAUGGAAUUCUCGGUUAGCAGAGUUAGCAAAACAACACCAAUACCCACAAGCACUCUCUCUCUACCGCCACAUGCUUCGUUCUUCCUUCUUCCCCAACACAUUCACUUUCCCUUUUCUCCUCAAAUCCUGUGCCCUUCUUUCAAUUCCCAUCACCGGUUCCCAGCUCCAUGCUCAUGUCAUUCGAACCGGGUGUCACCCUGACCCAUAUACCCGAACUUCCCUCAUCACUAUGUACUCUAAAUGCCAUCUUCCCAAUAAUGCACGAAAGGUGUUUGAUGAAAAUCCCCACUGGGAAAACCCCAUCAUUUGUUUCAAUGCAAUGAUAUCUGGGUAUUCCUUCAAUUCAAGGAUCUUUGAUGCUGUCUUGUUGUUUAGGAGGAUGAGGGAAAUGGGGCUGAAUGCAAACUCGGUAACCAUGUUGGGUUUGGUCUCUGGGUGUGUUAUUCCAGGUCACUUGAGUGUUGGUGUUUAUCUUCAUGGUCUUGGUGUUAGGUUGGGUUUGGAUGGUGAUUUGACCGUGGGGAAUUGUUUGGUCACUAUGUACGUGAAGUGCGGGGAGGUGGAGAGUGCGCGCAGGGUGUUUGAUGGUAUGCCUGCAAGGGAUUUGAUCUCUUGGAAUGCGAUGAUUUCUGGGUAUGCGCAGAAUGGGCAUGCUAGGCGUGUUUUGGAGCUUUAUCGUGAGAUGAAGUUGAGUAAGGUGACUCCUGAUCCUGUUACCCUUCUUGGGGUCUUGUCAUCGUGUGCUAACCUUGGUGCGCAAGGAAUUGGUCGCGAAGUGGAGAGGGAGAUUGGGGUAUUGGGGUUCAGUUCUAAUCCAUUUUUGACAAAUGCACUAAUCAACAUGUAUGCUAGGUGUGGGAAUUUGGCACGCGCACAUGCGGUCUUCGAUUCUAUGGCUGAGAAGAGCGUUAUUUCUUGGACGGCUAUAAUUGGCGGGUAUGGGAUCCACGGACAUGGUGAGGUUGCUGUUGAUUUAUUCAAUGAGAUGGUUGAGUCUGGCAUCAGACCAGAUGAGACUGUUUUCGUGAGUGUUCUCUCCGCAUGUAGUCAUGCAGGUUUGACUGAUAAGGGCUUGGAAUAUUUUGAUGCAAUGGAGACGAAGUAUGGUUUGCGGCAGGGUCCUGAACACUACUCUUGUGUGGUGGAUCUCUUAGGCCGAGCAGGUAGACUGAAAGAAGCUAUGGAUCUCAUAAAUUCAAUGAAAGUUAAACCUGAUGGUGCUGUUUGGGGAGCCCUUCUCGGCGCAUGCAAGAUUCAUAAGAAUGUUGAUCUAGCAGAAUUGGCCUUUCAACAUGUCGUUGAACUUGAACCAACAAACAUCGGUUACUAUGUUCUGUUGUCAAAUAUAUACUCUGAUGUUGAAAACUUAGAGGGGGUUCUGAAAGUUCGAGUAAUGAUGAGGGGGCGAAAGCUUAGAAAGGAGCCAGGAUACAGUUAUGUAGAAUAUAAAGGAAAAGUGCACCUUUUUUACUCAGGAGAUAGAAGUCAUCCUCAAAUUGAAGAAAUAUAUAGAAUGUUGGAUAAAUUGGAGAAUCUUGUGAAGGAGAUUCGUCAACCAGCUGUAAAGUAUCAGGGAAAGAGUGAAGAACUCUUAAUUGGCACAGGGGUGCACAGCGAAAAAUUGGCAAUUGCGUUCGCUCUCUUGCACACCAAGUCCGGGACUGAGAUUACUGUGAUGAAAAACCUUAGGGUAUGUGUAGAUUGUCACUUGUUCAUUAAGCUGGUUAGCAAGAUUGUCAAUCGCCAAUUUGUUGUUAGAGAUGCCACUCGUUUUCAUCAUUUCAGAGAUGGGGCGUGUUCUUGCAAGGACUACUGGUAAAACUAAUGU